UCCUGAAAGUCCGCGUCAUGUGUCUAGUUCGUUGUUGCUAAUCGGCCCGGAUACUUUUCACGUUAAAUGGCCAUCUGUGUCCAGUUCGAUAGUUGUAGUUGAGUGGGGCAAAACGGCGCCGUUUCCUCCUUCCAGUCCCACCUGGUGCGGUCCUGCAUGGCGGGUCUGAUGGAUUUGGUCGUCCGGUUUUCGGGACCUGCCGGCAGAUCGUACCGGGCGUUUUCUAAAGGGCUCACCCGCACCCUGCUUAUUUUCUUUGAGCUGGCCUGGAAACUCCGGAUCAAGUUCCCCUAUUUGUACCUCAUCGCCUCCAUGAUGUUCAACGUACGACUACAGGUUCACAUCGAAAUCCACUGACCCUCUCUGUACCCUGGAGACUGAAUGGAACCUGACAAGAGGGCAGCAGCUUUCCCGACCCCGACUGGCACUGAGGUGUGUCACGAGUGACCCUAUUACAAUCUGUGGGAGAUGACUUCAGCAUGCCAGUGGGGAAUUUUGCUUUGGUGUGGCAGGAGGUGGGCGAAGACAUCUUGACAUUUCGUGUAGAGGAUGCUGACUUGCGUUGUGCCCCCCGCUGCCUGACUUUGAGAACAGUCACGUUGAAAGCCCCCGAGGAUGUUCAGAGUCGGCGUGGGACAAAUCAACUUGACGCUUUUUUUUUGGUGUGACUUAAGGGACUUUAUCAAAGGAAACGGACAGUUAGAAUCGGAGUCGAGGGGUAAUUCGUGGAAUACAUGUGCUGCUGUGUGCUUGUGUCCCGUCAGCUCGGUGGUGCGUGCAGUGCUGUGGCCUCUGCCUGCUCCCCGUAGCCAUGAUGCAGGUGUGCAGGGAGCCCCUACCACAGUGAGUGUGCCCGCUCCCUAGUCUGUUGACUUUUGUGUUACAAUUAAAAAAGAAAAACGACAGAGGAGUGGUGUCUGCUGAAUGUUCAUCGCCUUAAUAACAAGCCUGAAAAAUGCAAGGCCUGUGUGAGUGAGCACCGAGCGCCUGGGGCUUAUGUGAAGUUCUGUCUUGAUUAUUUUGUAUUGAAGCGUGAUGCCAACUGCCAUGAUUUCUGCAUAUCUGUGUGGGACAUUUUUAAAAUUCUUGUUUGCAGAUUC